UAUCUUCACCCCUCGCAUGCCAGCGUCCUUACACGAAUUUUUACCACGGUAAUCUCUCAGCUUGUUUCCGACAUGCCCAAGGUACAAAAGGUACAGUGGUGGAUGAAAGAGGGAAUACCCAGAGACACGGGCAGUAGGGCGCCGAUCACCCCCAACCCAGAUACACCGUGUCCUUCUACCGGAUCUGACAUCGCACUGGCGGUCGAGCAAUCGGGUUCACCACCAGACAUGCAAUUAUCCACUCCCAUGGUUGAAAACCAUGCACCAAAUAGCUGCGCGAACUCCAUGAACGAUUCAGGGUACUUGUCUCCGGCGCACACGCCGCGUGCACAGAAAAGAGCUCUUUUCUCAACGCGAGACCUGAUAGUCUAUAACAAACCCAUCUCUGAGCAGCUCAAAGAUCGUUUCUUGGACAUCAAGAUCCUCUACACACAGUCGUUGUGGGAGGCAAUAUCCAGCAAAAGAAAAGGAGAUCCCGGAGAUAUUUCCAUGAAACUGAAGUACAUGGGGGAGAGCGAACCUACUGCACGAUUGUACAUCGUUAUUCAAUGCGAGCGGCGAAUUUCCAGAAGGGUGAAUAAAUUCUUUGCGCAAGAACAUGUGGCAGAGGAACUCAAUCCAGAUUUCCGAGUCCAUGUAAUCCCCACGGGGCCACUCAGACUCACAAGUUGCGAGAAGCUGGAAGUUCUGGGAAACAUAGCAGACUCAAGAAGCACAUUGUGUGGCAUGCCAAUCGAAAUAGGCGGUGAGCGUGCUCCAAGGAUAGCCACGUUAGGAGGUUUGAUCAUGGUUACGGCACAAGAGAAAACGGUCUACGGUCUCACAGCCGGGCACUCUCUCGUGAAUUUUGUAAAUGAUUCUUCUAACAGAGAUUCCAAUCGGGAAGAUAUCAAUUCUGGGUGCGACGAUGAAGACACCGAUGCAGGAUACGAAUCGGCUCAGCAAUCAUCCCCUAAUCAGGAGCAUUCCUGCGUAUCGACCAGCAGAUUACCCUGUUCCAUGGACAAUAUCGGAAGAGUGGUGGCGAACUCUUUCCAGUCUACCGAGAAUACCUGCAACCAUGAUUGGGCUCUUGUGGCAUUGGAUCGUGAAGAUUGGGCCCCCAAUUAUCUAGUUAAUCGACCAACCCUAGUCGUCGACGCGAGCGAGUCGAAUAAGACGACAAAUAAAGGCGGAACGAGGGAAGAGCUUGACUCGAAUUUACAUUUGAUACCUUUCUCCUAUGGACCGCGGUUAAGAAUGGUAGAACAACCUGUAGCUGCCAUCACUUCUCGUGGUCUCCAGCACGGAAUACUGACUUCAAACGGCUCUUCCCUAACGAUGUUUCCGGGUGGCAAGUUUCUUGAGACGUUUGAUUUCUUGCCUUUUAGUGGUUCAACGUUUCUACCAGGAGAUUCCGGGUCUUGGGUGGUAAACAAGACUACAGGCGAGGUAUAUGGCCAUGUAGUUUCGAUCGAUACCUUUGGAGAAGCAUCUGUGAUUCCGAUGCAAUCUACGUUGCUCGAUAUCAAGUUCCAUCUCAGAGCUUAUGAAGUUCGCUUCCCUUCAAAGGAAGAAAUUUCAGCUUUACAGACUGCUCAAAAGAACGACCACGACGGAAAUGAAUCAGCAACAUCCUCUCGCCGUAGGACUUGGAAUGUUAACAAUGACAAAUUCAACAACAAUAAACGUUCCAAGAAAAACACUCGUGUUUCAUUGGGCAAACGUAAAGCAAAUGAUUUUGGGGGUAGAGAUAAUCCAAAGAAGCCCAGAGACAAUAUUGAGAGAAAGAUUAGCGGCGAGACCACCCGGAACUUACGCUCAAGCUUAGCCAAAACCUCCCCGGCUGAUUUGGUUCCGGUCGAGCCAAUAGUCACUGAUGGAGAGAUUCGUACCUCCAGUUGGUCCACAAAGGACGACGAAAUCUUGAUACAAGCUCGCGCUCAAGGAUUGAAUUGGAAUCAGAUUGCGCCAAAGCAUUUCCCGUCAAAGUCUCCCAACAGCUGUCGCAAAAGACAUGAGAGAUUAAUGCAAAAGCAAAAUGUAGAACAAUGGGAUGGACCGAAGCUGGGAAUACUUGCUACAGUAUACAUGGAACAUCGCGCUGAGAUAUGGGGCCCAAUUGCAAAUUUGCUGGGUGAGAAGUGGACAGUAGUUGAGCAGAAGUGCAUGGAGAAAGGACUAAAAAACCUCAGUCAAGCAUAUCGAGCAGAGAAAAGAAAGGGCAAUGAUAGCGGCAUCAGCAUUUCUGAUGAUGACUAUCCAAUAAACCAGCCAAACAUGUACUUGAGCUGUAGUGCUGGUGUGAAUAGAGACAACCGUAUUCACUCAAUUCUUGAAUUACCACUAAUGAGUUAUUCUGCCUAG